AUGGACCCUGUGUUUAAUGACCGUACCCUGUUCCCAUCUGUUUAUCGAACUGUCCCUAAUGAAUAUUUACAGUUUGAAGUUAUUGUACAACUGCUGAUCCACUUUAAAUGGAAGUGGGUUGGGAUCAUAUCGUUAGAUGAUAUCAGCAACCAUAAAGCUUGUUUGGAACUUAUUAAAGAGAUGAAGAAAUGGGGAAUCUGUGUUGAAUAUCAUAUUGUGAUACCAGUUUCUGCAAAUGUUAAUAUGAUUGAUAUAGUUAAAGUAAUUCAACAGUCUACUGCUACUAUCAUUAUCUUAUACUGCACCUUGCUUCAGAUAAUAAAUCUCACAAAGUAUUGGCGUGCAGAUGAAUCACAGAUAACUGGUAAAGUCUUUGUGGCUUCAGUUGCUUUUAAUGCUAUUAAUGAUUAUGUUUAUAUGCAAUACUUUAUAACACUGAAUGGCUCAUUGUUUAUAUCAGUUUACAAAGGAGAGAUCCCUGGUUUUAAAAGCUAUUUGUCUCACAGAGACUGGGAAAGGAUGCCAGACAAAAACUUUGUAGAGAAUUUUAAGUUGUUUCUUAACUGUUUCACUCUUCUAUCCAAUGAUAGCAAAUCCCAUUGCUUCUUGUUCCACAACUGGAAAAAUACUAAUUAUAUAACGUCUGUUAUUUACAACACGAUUCAUAUACUGGCACAAGCUUUACAUCAGAUGCAUUUAGACAGAGAGCUAUUUGAUAAUGGAUCUGAACAUUUAGCAGACGAAUCAAAAUACAAGCUGAACCGUUACCUGAAAAAUGUUCACCUGAAAACCUUGUAUGAUGAAAUAUUUUUUAAUGAGCAAGGAUCUGUUGCUGGGAAAUUUGAUAUUCUCAACUUAAUUAUUGAAUCAAAAAAUCAGAUUAGAAAAAUUCCUGUUGGCAGUUUUGUGUCAUCUGCCUCUCCGAAGCUUUUUAUCAAUGAAAGUGCUAUUGUAUGGAAUCCGUAUUUUAAGACGACCCCAGUCUCUCUGUGUAAUAAGAUUUGUCCUACUGGUUUUCGAAAAUCUCUUGAGAAGGGAAAAUUCCCUUGCUGCUAUGACUGCAUUCGUUGUUCUGAGGGUGAGAUAGCCAGCUUUCCAGAUGCAGAAAAUUGUCUUCAAUGCCCAGAAGAUCACUGGUCAAAUCCAAAUAGAGAUUUUUGUCUCAGAAAAGCUGUGGACUUCCUUUCCUAUGGAAACUGCUUGGGAAUAGUAUUAGCAACAUCUGCCCUUCUCUUCUCUGUAUGUACUAGUGCAGUUCUGUGGAUCUUUAUAAAGAACAGGAGCAGCCUAAUUGUGAAAGCCAAUAAUCGGAACCUCAGCUACAUCCUUCUUGUUUCUCUCUUCUUGUCCUUCUGCUGCUCUUUCUUGUUUAUUGGGCGUCCUGUGCCCAUAACCUGCAUCCUGAGACAACCAACAUUUUUGUUUUUAUAUACUGUUGCUAUUUCUUCUCUACUUGGAAAAACCUUGACUGUUAUUAUUGCAUUUCAUGCCACAAAACCUGGGACCAGGUUAAGGAAAUUUUUGGGAUCUAGGAUUUCUAUUUAUCUUGUACUACUUUGUUCAUUAGGCAAACUUGUCAUUUGUAGCACUUGGCUGAUAUGGGCUACACCAUUUGUGGCACUUGAUACCAAGACAACACAACAGACAAUGACUCUGUGGUGUAAUGAAGGGUCUAUUGUGGCUUUCUAUGUGGCAGUUGCUUACGUUGCUGUGUUGGCUCUUAUUAGUUUUAUUGUUGCCUUUCUGGCACGAAAAUUACCAGACAGAUAUAAUGAGGCUCAGUAUAUUACCUUUAGCAUGCUUAUGUUCUUUAGUGUGUGGGUCUCCUUCAUUCCAACAUAUCUGAGCACCAAAGGCAAAUACAUGGUGGCGGUGGAGAUAUUCGCCAUCCUUGCCUCUACUGCUGGAUUAUUGUACUGUGUAUUUGUUCCUAAAUGCUAUAUUAUAUUCUUAAAAGAUCAUUUAAACACCCAAAAGGGGAAGCUAAAAAUUAUUCAACACAUCCAUCAUAAUAUGAGAAAUAUGUAA